AUGGCUUUCCUGGACAACCCAACAAUUAUACUUGCUCAUAUUCGGCAGUCACACGUGACCAGUGAUGACACAGGGAUGUGUGAAAUGGUCCUGAUAGAUCACGAUGUCGACCUGGAGAAGUUUAAUCCCUCGUCAGCAUAUGGGGACAGUGGUUCAGAAACACAGGGAAGCAACGGUGAGACUCAGGGCUAUAUAUAUUCCCAAUCAGUCGAUAUUACCUCAAGCUGGGACUUUGGAAUCAGAAGACGAUCAAACACAGCUCAGAGACUAGAACGUCUGCGGAAAGAGAGACAAAAUCAAAUAAAAUGCAAAAAUGUUCAGUGGAAAGACAGAAAUACUUCUUACUCAGCAGAGGAGCUGAGCUCACUAUUUGAAAAAAAGAAUUUCAGAGUAAAAUCUCCAUGUUCUGGGAAGCAGUCAAUACUGUCUGUGCGACUUGAACAGUGUCCGCUGCAGCUGAAUAACCCCUUCAACGAGUACUCCAAAUUUGAUGGCAAGUUUUUGACAUGCCAGCCACCAAAUGGCUGCUCCUACGUCCCCAGAAGAACUAUUUAUGCUGAGAAACCUCCUGCUGUAGUUGUACCAAGAGCCAACGCAUUGGCAGAGCCGCACUGCGCUGGGGCAGUGUUCUUUGCUAUGUCGAAGCUGUAA